UGGAAACAGAUUUCGAAGAGGUAGAAGCAAUAACACAUCAAAAUACAUCGAGGAUUUGUUUUAAAACAGUUGUCAUCUCCGUCCUCUUUGUCGCAGUCGUCGGCUUUGUAACGAUGACAGUUUUAUAUAUUCAGGAAAGAAGUAAACGGGAAAAUGAAAAUGACGGGGAAACUAUUGGUCAGAACCAGAAAACAGUGGUUUGUCCUAAUGACCCCUUUAAAGGAAUGAAUUAUACUACAGCAGGAAAAACAGGAAUUCAGGGACGCCAGUUUUUGGUCUGUUUUACUGACAAUCUCAACAUGGCAAGUGACCAAACCAAGACCAUAUAUAUUUUAUCGGAUGGAGAUUUUGAGUUUAAAUUAAUUUCAAAGUUUUCUAUACACAGCUCUUCAAUGAAGUUGUUACACCAAGGAAAAAUGCGAGAGAAAUUAGCAUUACAAGUGCGAUUUCACUCUCAGAUUUCAAAAUCGAAGAAAAAGCACUGCUGA